AUGACGAUUCACUAUUUCGGAAUUCCCUUUUUGGCCAUUGUUUGGGAUACAUCUGUCAAUGCGUUCAAAACACAAACUUGGGACGUUGGUGGGAUCAGACGCCGGCGCAGUGUACUGCUGAGUGAACUGUUCUAUCUCUUGAAGAAGUUUGUUGACCAUCGUAUUGGCCAUGAUGUGGAAAACUAUGGUAUUGGUGAUGCCUGGCCCACAAAUGCCUCUGUCACUUUGCUGGCUUGUUUGAAAGAACCCCGCGUCCUUCCAGAGACAGGUAUUCCGACCAUGUUGGAUCCUAUACGGGCGAAAUUCAACUCUGCUGGUCUUCUUCGAUUUGACUUUCUUCAUGGUGAUUUCAUCCGUUGGUUGGGUGGAGAAUAUGUCAAUUCAGCUCGUGACUUCAAUGCCGAAUGGGAUGUCAUCGACUCCACAUUGCAUAAUCGCGAAGUUCCUGCUGAAUAUCCUCCACUAAAACUGGAAAUGGCUUACCGUAUCCAGACCGAGGGCGUUCCUAUCAAGGCCAAAUACACAACUCCGAUGUCUGCUACUGUUCUACGUGAAGAAUAUGAUAACCAUCCUGCCGUUGCUGCCAAUUUUUCGAAAGUCGAAGAGAAGUUUGCGAAAGAAGAAUGGAAGGCCUAUCACCUUCACUACUUACGGUUCGUCUUCCAAUUUAUUCCAGGAUUGGUUAUUAAUCCCAUCCAGUGGGUUUUUGACAAAGGCAAGGGCCGGAUUUGUAUUGAUUGUUCCAAUGGUCCUGACGACUUGGGAUCAAUCAACACCUACAUCCCAAAACCGAAGCAAGAUGAAACCGGCGAUGAGUGCCCACCCAUUCACUACCAGUUCGCGUUCAAACGGUUCCUUUGUCAGAUUCUCCGUAUGCGCAUCACCGAACCAACAAGUCCAAUCUUGGUUCAUGCUGAUGAUGUCGAGGCUGCCUUUUGCCGAGUGCUUUAUCAUCCGGAUGUGGCUGUGGCUUUCGCAUAUGUCUUUUCUGAUUAUUUGAUUGUCCCAGUGGGUCAAGUGUUUGGCUCGCGAAAUGCUCCUUCUUUUUACUGUGUCCUUGCUGAUCUGCGAGAGGUCCUGGCUAUGUGUCGAGUCGACGUCCCUAUGGACGAAUUACAUGAUUUGGUUCAAAAAUGUUCUAUUUCUGUUGAUACGACUACACCUUUGUGUACGGUGCCUGCGGAUUCCCAUCACCCACCAUUGUCUAUGGAUGAACUGCUACGGAUAUACAAUGCCAGCUAUGGUGAUGACAAUGCGGUCGCUGCCUUUGCUGCCCACAUUGAACAAGCCAUACAUCAUAGUGUGAUGUCGGCCUUUGAGGUUUUUGGCCAUGAUCCACGUCAGGGUGACUGCCUUCAAGCGACAAAGUGGGAACCUGAGGUCACCGAAACCUUCUUGUUUUUGGGUUUUUGUAUCAAUACCCAUGAUAUGACAGUCUCUUGGCCCCUUUACAAACGGGAAGAUUUGCACUCGCAGUUGGUGGACAUUCUUAGCGUUGUCCCCGUUGUGUCUCUCCUCGAGAAAUGGCGAGGAUUGUUGGCAUUGUCAGAUCCGCAUCUGAAAUUGCUCCAUGGGGCAAUUUCUUGA